AGCUCGAAUCCAUCCCGUUCAAACCACCAGCAACCAGCCUCGACAAUGUUAUCGCCGCCGCCUCAAUAAGCCCAACCAGGUGUUGUACCCAUCAUGGAGGCGCUCGGGAAAUUCAUGUUCCCCUCCGCCCGCGACACGCCCAGCAAACCCCUCCAAAACCUGUCGCCCGAACGCGUCAAUGCCGCCUCUCGACCCCCCAGCACAACCACGCUCUCCACCACCCCGACCUCAAAAACAACCACAACAGCACCCGACGAACCCCAAUACUACACCUCCCCGCAAUCCCCCCGCUCCCCUCCCAUCCGCAGACUCCACGCCGACCUCUUCGCCGACUACCGCCCUACCAACGGCCCCACCUCCCCCAAAGCAACCAUCUCCACCUUCGGCGGCCUCACGCAAUCGCCCUCCAUGCCGGAAAUCAACGCCUUGCGAGCGCACGGGCUUGUGAAGCGGUUCGAGCACUUGGACGUGAGGGAUAAGGACGCGGAGAGUGCGGAGCGGAGGCAGAAGGUGGAGGCGGAGCUGCGGCGGGCGCAGAUUGCGAGGGAGGAGGCGGAGAGUGAUGUUAGGCGGUUGAGGGAGGAGGUGAGGGUGCUGAAUCGCGAGGUGGAUGAGGGAAGGGAGAGGGAGAGGAUGGUGACGAAGAGGUUGGAGGUUGUGGCGGCGAAUCUCGGGGCUGAUAACGACUCGCACGCGUCGCAAACGAAAAUAUACGAGAAGGAGUUACGGAAUGCGAGAAAAGAGGCGUUCAAGUCGUCCUCGGCGGUACUGAAGCUACAAGAAGAGCUAAAGUCCACCCGUAACUCUCUACGCAUCACGCAGACCGGAUUCGAGGUGGAGAAGCAAAAAGUACAACGCAAGGAGCAGGAGCGUUUCGAGAUGGAGUAUCGCCUUAUACCUCUCCAAGAGCAAGUCGAGAAACUCUCGCAGAAGCUGCAGGUCGCGGAGGCGGAGAAGGAGGCGCUCAAGACGUCGCUGGAGAAGGAGGAAGUCUUGCGAAUUGCAGCAGAGGGCAAGAUUGCCCUUCCCACGUCCCAAGAUCAGGAUGACGACCUGUGGUCUUCGCCUCGCAAAAUCAUUGCCAGCCCGCUAUCAGACGACAAGGAGAAUAUCCCUGUUGUUGCGAAGAAGACAGUGGAGAACCGACACCUUGCCGAGGAUUUGAGGCAGGAGAAGAUCAAGCGGGAGCACGCGGAGGAGCUUGUCGACUUCAUGCGCAUGGAGUGCUUGUUCCAAUGCUGCCCGUGCAAGACUACGGCAGACCUGCGACGGGAGCUCGAGACCACGCUGGAUGCUGAGAUGGCUGCUGGUCUGGAGCGGAUUCGGAAAGACAUGUCUGGCAUCUUGACGCCACCUGCGAGCGUUGACGAGACGGAUGACAUGCUUGUGGAGCAGACACGUACGAUGGAAGUUGUGGAGGAGCAGACCACGGCGGCUCGCUCGGUCUCGCCUCCCGAACACGCAACAACGGCUAGCUCAAAGGAGAGCACAGCCAUGGACACUGCCGAAAGCAGUUGCCCCAGCAUCGUACGAUCACCCACAGCCUGCCUGUCUCCGGUCGACCAGCUCCGUGAAGAAGCUGAACAAGCCUUCAACACACUCAGCCCGACACCAACCUCAUCAAAACCAUUAGCACGAAACAACGCCGAGGCCGAAAACACCCUUACGAUCCCCCUUCAGCCCUCCUCACCAACGACCCCAACCUACACCAACCCCCACGAAACAACCCCCUUCCGCCAACAACCCUCAAUCCGCACCGUAACCACCACAACCACAAUCCCAAUGCACUUCACCCCCGUCUCCAAACCCGCUCAACCCGUCUUCGCACCCAACGCCGAAGACGCAGCUCCAACUGCAGCAGCAGAACCAGACUCCGCAGCUCUAAUGACACCCACCUUCGACCGCGCCGCCGCGCUCGCAGCCAUCGAGUACCGCCGCGGCCGCGCGAGGAGUCUGGCUAAUGGGCAUGCCACACCGCGUAAGCAGAUGCUCGAAGGCGUGAGGGAGAGGCGGGACAUCAGCGCGCCGGCGCUGGGGAACAAGGGGGUAGGAGAGGGGAUGGGGAGUGUGAGGGGCCGGACGGGGAGUGCUAGUCGAGGGGUGGGGAGGAAGUGA